AUGUCAGAUCAAGUUAACCCUGACAGACCACAAAGAAGAAAUGGGCCUGAUCAAUCAUUGUCACAACCAGCAGCUAAGAAAAGGAAAAAUGUCAUCAAUAUCUUAUCGUUACCAGAGGAAGCAUUAAUCAAAAUUGCAUCAUUCUUAACUCAGGAAGAUACCUUAUCAUUAUUAUAUUCAAACAAGGCUUUCGAAAGAGCAUGUAAGACUAGGCUUUAUAAGAAGAUAAUCAUCUGUGAAAAAUAUCAAGAUCAUUAUUUUUUUGAUAUGUGUAAUGAAAAAAAAAUUACAAUUUUAUCAGGUUGGGAUAAUAUUUUAAAUUUUUUCAGAAUGUUUCAUAUGAAAAGUUUUAAUGAUUCACCUAUUGAUAUAUCUAAAUGUGUUGAAGAUAUUACAAGUUAUAAUUUUUUAGAUCGUGGACGUGUUGAUUCUUAUAAAGUUUUAUCUCAUUCAGAUUUAACCACAAUUUUAAAUUUAAGACAAUUUUGGAAUACUGUUAUUAACGGAUUUGAUAAUUUGAAAGUGCUUGUCAUUCCAAAUUUACCAUUGGAGAAAAUCUUCUGUCUUAGUCCAAAACUUCGAUACAAUUUGCAAAAAAUAUCAAUCUGUACAGAAGAUGAUGGUGCUUUAGGCUCGUUAGAUAAAUAUGAUAUUAAACUACCAAGUUUAAAGGUAUUGAAACUAAACUUUGGAAAAUCACUCGAGAAAGCAAAAAGUGCCAUUGAUGUGGUGUUAAAAGUUAUAACAAGUGAUCAAAUGCAAAAUAGUACUUUGGAGGAAAUUGAGUUAAAUGGAUUAUUUGGACAAGCUGAUAGACACACUGAACAUACAUUAAGACAUUUAAAUUUUACAAAUGAUAUAAAUUUGACAUCUGUUUUCGUAAAGGGAUUUAAUAAAGGAUCCAAAUGGGAACCAUAUCAAUUUGUGUCCUCAAUUUCUGAUAAUGAGGCGGAAACUGACAGUGAGAAUGAAAUUGAAGGUGAAAGAGAUGAGGCGGAGGAUGAAAUUUUCAGAAAUGCACAGGAACCCCAUGAAAUGGACGGAUAUGACGCAGCAGCAACUGAUAGAGAAUCACAAAUUGCUUAUCUUUUAAGCGAAAUCGAAGGUUCUGAUGUUGUCUUUAAUGGGUUGUCAAAAACUGUAUCGGGAUUAUUGUAUCCUAUUUUGAUGCAUCUUCGUAAGAAGUCUGUUAGGUUUAACAAUAUUAAGAAGUUGAGUUUAAGCAACUUUGAAAUACCCAGAGAAAGAUUUGAGGAUGAAACUUCCAUUCAAUUACUUGUUAGAACAAUAUUCCCCAAUAUAGAGAAUCAUGUUGAAUGCUUGGAACUUAGAAAUAUCAUUAAUACCACUUUCCAUGAUCCAUACCGGAAUAAUGUCCCAUAUUUUCAAAGUGAUAUUCCUCCUUCUGCUAUAAAUAUAUUUUCAGAUUCACCAAAACAGUUUCCUCGUUUGAAAAAAAUUUUUUGUUGUUGUGGUAUUGACGACAGUGAUAUUCAAGAUAUUCUUGAAGAUGUUGACCGAGAAAACAAAUAUAAUGUUUGCAAACUCCAACUAUAUGAAUUGAAAAAUCUAUUGAUUAAAUCUCCAUCGGUUGAAAACAUAGUUGUUUAUGCUUCAAGGCAUGUUCAUUUAAGGCAUUUUUACAGGCUGAUUAGUGAAACAACUUUCAGAGAUAACUUGAAGAAACUAACUUUUGCUAAACCUGAUCAUUUUACUCAAGUUGCAAGAAAGAUUUUGAAUGCUAGAGUGUUUAAAAAAUUCAAUCAUUUCAGAAAUUUAAAAGUUUUGGAUGAUUAUUAUUUUGGUUGUUCUAAAAAAUUGGUUGAACAUUUUAUUAAAACUUCAAGAGUUAAUGAUUUUGAUGAUAAAGAUUCUAUAUCACAUACAGAAGAUACAGAAUUUUUCAAAGAAGAAUUUGAAUAUUUAUUUGCAAAUGAUGUGAAGAAGUUUUUCAGAGUUUGUAAGAAUUUACAAGAGUUUACUUAUCAUGGGUACACAUUUGAAAGAAAGAAUUUUUUAAUAUGA